GCUCGCCCUUUAGUAAAUAUGGCUGCAAUAUGGCAAUACUACGCUUGUUGAUGUGUGUGAUUUUGGAAAAUAAUCACCGGGUUUAAUUUAAACGGGUUGUUUUAUAUACAUGUUAUAUAUAAGUAAUAAGAAUGUUACGCGUAGUCGACGUAAACCUAACAAAAAAACGUUCAACCAAUUAUACAAGGGAAGAGGAACUAUUACUUGUCAGUCAAGUGGCUAAAUUCAAGAACGUUAUUGAGUGCAAACUCACCGAUAAAGGCAAUAACCAGCGAAAGGAAUAUGAAGAGAAACAAGGAGUCAUUAAAAGCGAAAAUGAUCCAUACACUGCUAGAAAUUUGGAGGCUGCGUCAAAGAAAUCGGGAGUAAGCUCAAAUAUGAAACACGGUUUAUAUGAAAAGUUAAUUAUGCUUGCUGAAGAGGAAAUAAAGAAGAAUCGAUUAGAACAAGAAGAAAUUCUGAUCAAGAGACAGAGAGACAAUGAAAAGCAUGAUCGGGAAAAUGAGGAACACAGGAAAAGGAUGGAGUUACUAGAUUUAGAAAUAGAAGCUAAGAGGCGUAUGUUGAACAAUUGA